GCGAGACACCUGUAAACGCCAACUACACCGCAUGUAAAGGUCUCAGAUAACCUGUGACCGCACGUCGAAGCGAGGUAAAGACACGCUGGCUGGAUCAUCCAAUUAAGUGCAUAAAACGUAGAAGAGGCCCCGCCAUGUCGUCAACCGCGCCCAUCCUGACCGGCCUGCUCAUGGCGUCGGCCGUCGUGUACCUGGGCGUGAGGAACCGCAGCCUCCGCCAGGUGGCCCUCGACAACUCCCUGGAGGCGGAGAAGAUGAUGAACGACAGAGAUUACCACUUAUCUAACUGCCAGAAAUCGAUCGAUCCCAUGAAGAAUGAUCUCGAAGGUCUGGAAAGGCAGCUCAAAGAGCAAAAUGAUCUUCUGGCCGCCAACAAAGGCAAGCUCAACUCCCUGAAAUCUAUUAAAGCGAACAUCGACGCCAAGCGAACCGAAAUUGCCGACCUGCAGAAGAAAGUCGACGAGGCCAAUGUUAUGCUAGUCAGCCUACAGGAAGAAGAGAAGAAGAAAGAGGAAGAGGCAAAGAAGAAAUCGGAGGAAGAGGCGAAGAAGAAAGCAGAAGAAGAGGCGAAGAAGAAAGCGGAAGAAGAGGCGAAGAAGAAAGCGGAAGAAGAGGCCAAGAAGAAAGCGGAAGAAGAGGCGAAGAAGAAAGAGGAAGAAGAGAAGAAGAAAGCAGAGGAAGAAAAGAAAGAAAAGAAGGCGUAAGGAUGAAGGAAGAUGGUAAUGUCUAGAGAGUGAGAGAGAGAGAGAGUCAAAGUCAAAGUCAAAACAUUUUAUUCCAUUAAUUACAGAGAGAGAGAGAGAGAGAGAGAGAGAGAGAGAGAGAGAGAGAGAGAGAGAGAGAGAGAGAGAGAGAGAGAGAGAGAGAGAGAGAGAGAGAGAGAGAGAGAGUCAAACGUAGUCAAAACACUUUAUUCCAUUAAUUACAAUGGUUAUUCUUUACAUAAAUACGUUUAUAUUUACAGUUGAUCAUUUAAGAGGUGUUCUUUUAAUUCCGUUUUGAAAUGACAGAAACUGUUAAUAUCUCAUAUUAUCCGGUAGAAUGUUCUAUGACUUGGAUCUACGUAUUUCCAUUUGUCGUUUCCCUGUAUCAGUAUUCGAUCUCUUAACAUAAAGAGAAUUUACUUGUGUUCCUACAGUUUGCAAGGGCGUUAACCAUCGCGGAUAAUUCCCACGAAUGAGUUUGUAAAUUAAUACACACGUGACAUGAUUGCAUUUAGAAUGUUCAGCCAUUUUAUUUUUUGGAUAUGCGGGGUGAUGUGAUCAAGUUUAUUGAUAUUACCUAAUGCAACUCUUGCAGCAGUUUUGUAAUUUUUGUACUCUUUGCAUCUGAGAGAAAGAAAGAAAGAGAGAGAGAGAGAGAGAGAGAGAGAGAGAGAG